GCCUCCUCCUCCUCCUCCAUCCUUCCUCCUUCUCCAGUCCUUCUCCUUCUGCUGGCGCAGUCUGGGCUCGGAUCCGGGGCUCGCUUGCUGUCGCUGCUGCUGCUGCUCGGGCAGCCUCUGUCUCCCAAGAAGAGGAGGAGGAGCAGGAGGAGGGAGCGAUGGGCCCGGCGCUGCUGCUUGCGCUGCUCUCGGGCCUCGGAGCCGCCAAGCCUCUUACCACCCCAGGCAGUUCCCAUGGAGGGCUAAACCACAACCUCCCUGGGGGGACUCGGCGGGUGAGACGUGAGCUUCAGGGGACACCCUACGAAGCAGUGGAGACCGCAUUGGCUAAUGAAGUGUAUUACCCAGAUCUAGUUCGGCUGGCUGCGCUGGAGAGAGCCAUGUCGUCCCCGGGUGGUCAGCUGCAGGAAGAGCAUCUCGCCCAAGCAUUAGAGCGAGCCAUGGCUUCCUCUGGUAACCAGCUCCAAGAUGACCACUUGGCUCAGGCACUAGAGAGGGCAGUAGUUCCACCGGGUCACCAAUUCCAGCCAGAUGAGCGCUUGGCUUUGGCUUUGCAGCGUCUUCUUCAGGAUGGGCAUCGCCGCGACCAGGAAUCUGUCUACCUGGCCAACCUGCUAAGGCUUUGGGAUGAAGCAAAGGGUGCCCAGUUGUAUCCUGAGUAUGAUGAGACCGGCUUAGUGGGUGCCUCCUCUCCACCUAGAUCGCUGCCGAAUCGUUACUGGGUCCCCGAAGGAGGUUUUGAACCCCAAGAAGAGCUGGGAGGGGAAGAAGAACCCGCUGGAGAGAUGGAUCCUGAAAUGAUGAGAUACCUGAUUGGCAGAAUCCUGUCAAGAGGGAGCAACCUGACCCCGCAGCGCUUCCCAGUGUCCCCCAGGCGCCUGCGCCGUGCCAUCUUUGAUGGAGAUCUCCCAGAGCCCCCCAAUCUUCUGAGGGUCAAGCGGCUAGGUGGGGAAGUGGUAGGGGAAUCCCAACUGCAACGGGUCAAGCGGACAGAAGGGGAAGGAGUUGGAGGGAGGAGAGGUGUAGCUGGAGGAAGUCAGAGGCUUCAAUAUAUUCCUGAAUAGCAGGAAUUGUCCUCUGCAGGAAAAACAUGGGGAGGGGAGGUCACCACUGCCCCCCUUCUCUCUGCCAGUCUCUGAAUGUCAAUGGACUGUAAGUGACCCCAGUGUUUUUUUCCUGCCUUUGUUCUGCCUUGUGACCCCUCAAGUACUGGGGAGGAAGGCAAAAGCCUUGGGCUGGGGUUGCCUUCCCAGUUAUAGUUGGGGGGGCAGCUUUUUGCCACACUGACUUUCUGACCCUCCAGUCAGAAAGCUCCAGUUCAGCUAAAUGGCUGUAUUGUAACAGUGAGCAGCCCUUCCUUGCCACCGCUCCAAACCCAGGUCUGGGUACUACCAGCCUGCGUUUCUUGGCCCUUUAAAAAUAAAAUGGCUCAAAUAAAGUUGGAGCCUCCAAAUCUUCCUUCUGCCUUAAUAUUCCCAUGACAUCACUCCUGUCUCUCACCUCUUCUCUCCCAGUCUCCACCUGCUUGUUUUUGUCUGGUUUGUAAGGCCCCGUUGUGUUCCCCCCUAUUUGGCACAUACAAAUACAUAUGCACCCCCUGCAGAUUUGUUGCCAUGUUUGAUCAUGCUUGUGGCCAGAGUUUUGGUGUGAUUAAUAAAUGAAUAAAAAAAAGUCCCCUUGGAUAUUUUAAUGUA